AUGGCUGAAAAUGUCAGUUCCAUGUCGGACACCCCUACCAACGUGUCCCUGGCGAGCUCAGUUGACCUGAUCUCCCAGUCUGUGGAGUACAAGACGGUCUCUGUGUUCCUCGUGCUGCUGGUUUGUACUGUGGGCAUUGUGGGAAACAUCAUGGUGGUCCUGGUGGUCUUGACCACACGCCACAUGCGCACGCCCACCAACUGCUACCUGGUGAGUCUGGCCGUGGCCGAUCUGAUGGUCCUGGUGGCAGCGGGGCUGCCCAACAUCUCCGACAGCCUGACGGGAACCUGGGUGUAUGGCCAUGCGGGCUGCCAGGGCAUCACCUACCUGCAGUACUUGGGCAUCAACGUGUCCUCCUGCUCCAUCACCGCUUUCACUGUGGAGAGAUAUAUUGCCAUAUGCCACCCGAUGAAAGCCCAGACAGUGUGCACGGUGUCUCGGGCCAAACGCAUCAUUGCAGGCGUGUGGGUCUUCACCUGUAUCUACUGCAUGGUGUGGUUCUUCCUCGUUGACAUCCAGGUGAACCCUGACGGGCGUGUGCAGUGCGGCUAUCGCGUGUCCCGCGACCUCUACCUCCCCAUCUACCUCAUCGACUUCGCCAUCUUCUACGUGAUCCCUCUGCUGCUGGCCAUCGUGCUGUACGGUCUCAUCGCCCGCAUCCUGUACCUCAGCCCUCUGCCCAACGCCCCGGGAUGCAGCGCUGCCACGGCAACCACGCUCCGCCGCAGCUGCAAGGAACCCGCCAGCAACGGCAACAAGGGAGGGCGGCCCAAGAGCACACUGUCGUCCAGGAAGCAGGUGACUAAAAUGCUGGCGGUGGUGGUGAUCCUGUUUGCCCUGCUGUGGAUGCCCUACCGCACGCUGGUGCUCAUCAACUCGUUCGUGAGCACCCCUUACCUGGACGCCUGGUUCCUGCUCUUCUGCCGCAUCUGCAUUUACGCCAACAGCGCCAUCAACCCGGUGGUCUACAACCUGAUGUCGCAGAAGUUCCGCUCGGCCUUCCGCGACCUCUACCGCUGCAAGCACCACGACGCCCACUCCCGCUCCUUCUCGCUGCUCCAGUCGGGCUACAGCAUGGCCAGGGACCCCCGCGCCAACGUCGGCGGUGCCAACAACGCUGGCCUGGCUAAGAGCAACGGCACCGGGGAGACGGGCAGGAGGGUGAUGAUGCUGGGGCCCGCUGGGCGGAGGACGAGCCCAGAGCCCUCCUCCGUCACCCAGUGCACGGACACCGAGGAGAAGGCCUGUGGAGCCCCAGGGGAGCCUGAGGCACUUGAAGCCCAGACGGAGGCUCUCUGUGAGGGGGAAGCGAGGGCUGUGGCUGGGCAGUCCCAGGAGAGGGAUGGGGUGAUUAACCAUAGUGUUGUGUGAGGAGACUGCCGGCAAGAGAUGAGA